AGUGCGAUCUUAGCCAUGAAUCUAUAGAAGUCAAAACCUUGAAGCAUGACUACAGAUAAAAAGCAGUCUAAAAAUUGGGCUAACACACAAUGGCAGAAAAAAGAACCUCUCUUUGUUGCUGCUCCAAAACCUAAUAUUAUAUUCCCAAAAAUAAAGGACUUAAAGAUAAGUAAAGAGCUAGCUCUUUCUAAGCCAAUCCAGCUUCCAGACGCACAGUUUAGGACUCCCAAUGCUAUAGAUGCGGAGCAGUACGCCCAUUUAUCAUCUAUGCUCAGGACUAACAUCUUCCCCGGGUGUGAGGUUAACAGAUGUACUUCUUCUUACGCUCAAACCUACAGUAACCCGUACACGGAACCUAACUACUUUCCCAUCAAGUCUUCCAAAGAUUUCAGAAGACGAAAGCAAGGUUUCAGUAAACGUUUGGAACAUGACUUGGAGAUAAAGAGGAUACAAGCAGCGUGGAAAGAGUACUUUGAAACACAAAAGCAGUUGAUUAAUUGGGACGACAAGAAAUCUGAUUCUAAGCCAAAACGUGCCGCUAAGGCGUAGGUCCCUGCAUCUGGAGCAACUUGGAACACUAAACUAGAGAAUUCCUCAAAUGUAACUAGAUCCCUCCUGCAGCCUGCUCCAGUUCCUGUCAAAAAGAAGAAACCUCCUCCAAAACCCAAACUUAAACCUCCUCCUGAGCCUGUAAUACCUAGUCCGGAUAUGGGAGAUCUAGAUAUCUUCCCUUCACACGAAACACCAGAGUGGGCUAAAGGUGGGGACUCAAUUCCUGAGGAGUUGGAGCAAUCUGAGAUGGAGACUGAACAAUUCUGGGCUUUUUACGAUGACCCCUUCUAAAAGUAACCAUGGUACUGUCAUGGUUACAUGAAGAAGAAGUACCUAUACUCGAACAGUUACUCUCAGUAGUAUAAUUAUUUCCACUCACUCCAACUCCUCUGUUGACUGCUGCAGGUUGUUUCCGAAUGUCAUGUAGCUUAGUAGCUUACCCAGCUAGCUUUUAAAUAAAGUACAUGUUACAAUAUUAGUAUAUGUAGUUACAAUAGCUCCACGAGCUAUUUUUAAAAUACAGCACAAGUUUGCAUUCAACAUAUUAUUCAUAAUAUUGUCCGCUUGCUGCAAUUAGAAGAUCUGUUUAUCGUUAUUUAUACACGUUCUCGCCAUGUAUUUACUAUGAAUAUGGUUGAAGUUUAGUCUUAUCUCAGUACUAAAUCACGCAUAAUGUGCAAAUGUUUUAAACUUUUAGAUUAUGCUUGCUAUUAUCUUCUACACUCUUCUUCUUGACUAUGUAGAAAUAUGGCAAUUAGAUUUAAUUAUACGUACACGGUACAAUUUUAAUUAGAUUCAGUUUUUAUUUUAAUUAGAUAUUAUGCUUAAUGAUUGUUUUAGAUGAUUAGAUUUGAUCUUAUUUUUACAAAUUUUAUACGCAUGUGAUGUAUUGAUGUAUAUAAAUAAUACGGGUAUGUUUUAAGGAUUGAUGUUAAUAGUAUGUAUAAAUUAUGUUAUAGUUCUCUAUAUUGUAUAAAUAACUAUUAUGCUAUGUAUAGACCUUUGCUUGCUGAUUGGAAUGAUAAAGAAUCAAUUAAUUCGUAAAUUAUUGAAUUACAGUUAUGAUAUUAUCAACAGUAUUAUAUACAUUUAUAAGAUUUCCCAAUUUGUUCAUGCCUCUUAUCACAUUGUAACAGGCACGUUGAGUAUCGUUGCCAUGGAGACCAAGUUUAAUAACAUUAGGAUGGUUGUAAUAUGUUGAGAUAAAUUUGUAGAUUUUUAUAAACUUUUACAAACUUUAGAUAACAA